CAACGUGCGAUACGAAAACAAGAACUACUAAGGGAUCUGUUUGUCUCAGGUACAAUGAUCCAUCCGCACAUUUUGGCCAAUGGUCGGUACAGCACAGCAGUGCAGGGAAUCUCCACCACGGCAGUUUGAGCGCCAAUCCAUAUGCGAUAAUGCCGCAUGUUCCUUUCAACGAGACUCAACAAAUUAACCCCAAUAUUUUGAAUCCCGUCCGCCUGCAACAAAAUCAUAGCCAGUUUGCGUCAGCUGACACUGCUGAAAGAGAGGGAUUUUCAAACUCUAGCAAUCAGCAAAAGGCUCCGUUGGGUCGUCAUAGAACACAGGUGGUGCAUGACUAUCACGAUCACUACCGCGACCCAGGAAACUUCGAAAGACCAGCAGCAGCGGGCAAGUACCCUUCCAAAGAGGUUGGAAGCGGCAGGCCCUCCUUUCGUGGUGGCACUUCAAUUCACUUCCCGGAGCGGCUGUUUGAAAUGCUGGACCGAGAAGAUGAGCUAGAGUUGGCUCAUAUAGUCUCAUGGCAGCCACACGGACGUUCCUUUUUGGUCCACCGAACGGCCGAUUUCGUAGCCACUGUAUUGCCGAGGUUUUUCCGUCAGAGCAAGUUUACCUCGUUUCAACGUCAGUUGAACCUGUAUGGCUUCACCAGAUUAUCCGUGGGUAGAGACAACGGAAGCUACUAUCACGAGCUAUUCCUGCGAGGCUGUCCCAAGCUCUGUCGCCGAAUCAUCCGGCGGCGCGUCAAAGGCAAUGGCGUGAAACCAACUCCAUCUCCAAGAACAGAACCAGACUUCUACAACAUGGAAUGGUGUGAUCAAAAUGGACCCAAGAAACAAGCGGAUUCUGACGAGGACGAAACCUCGCUUCCAAUUGCAGCUGCGCUGGCGCCGUUACUAGAUGAGGGAUACGAGAAUUUGCGUCACCAAGCCCUUCGACAGCAGCAAAAUGACCAGUCGCAGCAGCAGGCGUCUUUCUCUCGCCAGCAAGAAGCGGAUAGUUUCUUGUACAAUAGAAGAGGCCAAAGCGGAUUGCGGUUAUCGUCCGGAAGAAAGCCUAACUUUCACCACCAAUUUGUGAGCGAAUCUUCCUUUCAGCCAGUGUGUCGUUCGCUCUCUCGCGAUCAAAAGAACGAGCAUCCACUAACUAGAGAUUGCUUCGUUCCCCAUGCCGUCCUGGCUAGCAGAAUCUCAUUUCGGCCGCCAAAGAGGGCAAAAGUAAGAGGUGUGGGCAAUCCCGAAGUAUUCGGUAGCAUCACGGAUUUGUUUUCCAGUGACGACGACGAAUGCAAUGAGAAAGGUAUCAUGGGGGCCACUGCAUCUCGAAGCGAGCAUGUACACAAGGCAGCGCGUAAAGUAUCACAGGAGCCCGAAAACGAUCCCGUUAGUCAACUGCCCUUAGAUCCGUCAAAGGACUUUUUCGACCAUGUGCACUCGUAUUUAGAGCUACGCCAGCGCUUGGAUGAGACAGCAAAAGCAAUCGACCCCGAUGGUGCGUUGAAAGCACUGACAGUCGAUGCCCUCUUGGGCCGACGAGACCAUGUCGAUGGCACUUUUCCAGUAGAAUUUCAGCAGCAAAGCGCUUAUGGAGAGACCGUUGCCGACACCGAAGAACUUUUGGUAGCAGCUUCGUUGGUCCAAGCCGAGUUUCGAGACUUCUUAAAGCGUAUACAGAAGGAUAUGCCUUGGCUUGCCGAAGAGGAUCUCAGGGGUAAACAGAGCAAUUCUUGCAACUUUGACAAGAAUACCGACCCCUCAACUCGUAUUUGGUUGGCACCGAUGAAAGAUGCCCAACGUAUUGUCGACAAGGCUUCCCUUAAGUACGCGGACCGAUAUCCUGGGCCACCGGAAUCCUGGGUCUACGACGUCAUCCGUGCCAGCGUUGUUUGUAUGAAUGCGACAGAAAUCAAGGAUGUGGUCGCCUGGCUCUCCUCCAAUUCGCAUUCCACACCCUUGGUGGCGGCGAAGAAUCGCUUUCAAUCGCCAACGAGCAUUACUAAAUACCGAGAUUUUGUCUUCUUGAUCAAAUUGCCUGUCGCGAAUGCUUCGUUUCAUCAUGUGUGCGAGCUGCAAGUACAUCACGCUGCCAUGGUCCAGUAUCAAUCCCAGUCGCAGCACUACUAUAAGAAUUUGCGAUCCUACUUUUCCCACGUGAUUGAUGUGGACGAUUGGGAGCAGCGUAUGGCAGAUUUAGAAGCAAUAGGAAGAUAUUCCAAGUACGAUACCAUGGACGAUGGGCUUUGUACCAAGGUAUCGGCGUGCGGAAACGUUUUCCGUAUUGAGCGUUUGGCUGAUCUGUUGGAAACCAGUCUUCCUCCCUGCACGGACGCGGCGGUUCGCUUGUACCAAAAAGCAUUGGUACUUGUCAUAAGCGACUCUAACAUGAAGAGCCUAGCUGUGGCGACCGUAUACGAAAAACUGGGAGGUGCUCUAUCCAGACGUGGAAAAUACGGAGCCGCCCUGUGUCUGCUGGAGGCUGCUUUCGAACUCCGCCAAACCGAUUUGGGCGAGACACAUCCGGAUACUCUGAAAUUGCAGAACGAGGUGGGCGUGUGUCAUCAUAGAAAUGGCAAAUAUCAAAUGGCACUGGCGACUUUCAAGACUGCUUUAGAGACUCUCGAGCUUCAAGCUGGAAAGCGGCAUACUCACACUGCCCAAGCACACAACGACAUUGGAUGUUUACUUCGCGAUAUGGGCAAGUACACAGAAGCUCUGGAUCACCACCAGCAGGCACUUCAAAUUCGCGAAGCUGUUCUGGGAAAGAAGCAUACGGCCACGGCCUCUUCUUACGAUAACAUCGGCGUUGUGAUGCAAGAGAACGGCGACUUUGAAUGGGCGCUGCAAUAUCAUAGGCGGGCUUUUAUUGUUCGCCGUGCUUUGCUCGGAGAUCAUCCCUAUACAGCCGUGUCCUACGAAAACAUAGGUUUACUAUUGAAUCGUCAAGGCAAGUCGCUAAGGGCAUUGACUUUACUUGGAAGAGCUCUAGAGAUCCGCGAAGCCUUCCUUGGCGACCGCCACCCGGACACGGCACGAUCUCUGAAUAGCGUCGGUCUCGUUUUGGCCAAGCUUGGUCGUACUCCCGAAGCACUAAGCUUUUACCAGAAAGCACUCACCAUCCGAGAGGAUCUGUUGGGUAAUGAUCAUCCGGAAACUGGAGUAUCCUAUAGUAGUGUGGGAACAGCGUUGCGUCAGCUUGGCAACUAUAAUGAAGCGCUCGAAUAUCACGAAAAGGCUUUGGUCGUGGCGUCGGCAGCUAACGGCACGCAUCUCCAAACAGCGGUUUUCCAUUGCAAUCUCGGUACGGCCGAAGCCCACCUCGGAAACUACGACACCGCCUUGAAGCAGUACCAUCAGGCUAAAGCGAUACGCACGCAAGUUCUCGGCCAGAGUCACCCCGAUACACUGGCCGCACAAAGGUCUGUAGACGCAAUCCUGCGUGCCAAAGUUCAAGCUUGGGGACGGUACAACAUACAGUAA